CGCCGGAGUCGCCCAUAUUUACAAACAGACCGCCAAAACACGGUGUUUUAGCCACUCCUUGUUUACGCGCAUUCGUAAAAACGAGUGAGAUACUUAUGUAAGAUGUCAUUAGACUAUUCUUACUCGUAUGAUAAGAAGAGGAGGUCAUCUGCAUGGGGAAUCCAUGGGUUAUCUAUCGGUUAUAUCUUGUUAUUGUUUGUGGCUGUUCUAACUCUUGAACAAUGUGAAGUCAUCCCUUUUGUAUUCAAGGAUUCUCCGAUGCUCUAUUUCCAUGUAGUGUUUCACUUAUACGUCAUGGUUAAUAUAGCUAGUUAUUAUUAUGCGGUUGUUGUAACGGACACAUCGUGUAGGAAAAGUGAAGGUACACCAAGUCCACGACAAGACUUCAAGACYGGUUAUUUCUUUUGCCAAUCAUGCCAACAGAAUUCCCCACCUAGAGCACAUCACUGUCCAAUCUGUGAUAGCUGUAUAGACAGGAGAGAUCAUCAUUGUUAUUUUAUAGGUAAUUGUAUUGGGCGAUUUAACCUGCGCUAUUUCAUAAUCCUUAAUGUUUGGGCCGGUGUGGUGACAGUCUAUGGUUUAAUCAUCAAUYUGAUGUAUUUGCAUAAACAUAUCGUACCACUCUCUCCUGUAAGCAUAGAAGGACUACUCCAGCUCAUCCCAGUAGUUACAGUCUACAAGUGGAUUGUUGGCAAGGUGGCUCUAUUCUACCUAAUUGUUGUCAUAGUAACAUGGAUGACUCUUGUUCAAGUACUAGUAAGCUUUAUUUGUGGUUGUUUUCAAUUGCGUCUUUURUUUACUGGRCAAACAACCUACGARUACAGCCAUCAAAUCAAAGAUUAUGAUCAMGGCUGGCGAUUCAACUAUAGAGAUCUUUGUGGCAAGUAUUGGUUURUCUUAUGGAUAUUUCCAGUUUGGAUCAUGAAAUGUGGCAAAGAUACGGAGAGUAACGAUAAACAGUGGUCAAGGGAUGAGGACAAGCCAAGAAAGGUCAUUUGAUUCUUACAUUAUAGCUUUAUUGGACCUGACCUAAUGGAGAUCUUGUCCCUGGUCAUGUACACUGUCCAUGCUUCAUUUAUUUAUUAGCUUUGCCAAAGYUUAGUUUCCCAUAAAUGCCGGUGAUAUAUAU